AAAAAAAAAACCAAAGCAUCCAAAACAACCUGGCCAACGCAACAAUUUUCCUAUGUCCGUGCCCUAACCUGCGCCCUCUGCUUUCCUGCACCCGUGCCUACUCCUCUCAGUGUCAAGUAGAGAUCAAGGCCGUCAACUAGCCCCGUCGCCCGUCCGCCUCUUCUCCUUUGCAUGCAGAGGACAAGUCCAGCCACCUUUCUCUUUGCCUCUCCUUCACACACAGAGACUUAUAGCAAGGCCACUCGCCUUGCCUGAUCCCAUCGCCACCUCACCUGAUAACGUCGCCGCCUCGCCUAAUCCCGUUGUCGCAUCUCCGUUCAAGCUGAUUGGCCGAUUAGAAUCAAUGACAAUGAGGCUUCGGAUUGCGAUGGACGGAGAGGAGCUAACGGCCCAACAGACGGCUUUAUAUGACCGACAAAUCCGAGUAUGGGGCGUCGAUGCGCAGAAACGGUUAAGCAAGGCCAAUGUGCUGGUUAGUGGACUGAAUGGGACACUUGCUGAGUUCUGCAAGAACAUUGUUUUAGCUGGAGUUGGAAGCUUGACCCUGAUGGAUGAUCGCUUGGUUAAUGAGGAUGCCAUUCAUGCCAACUUUUUGAUUACUCCUGAAGAGGCUAAACAUUCAGGGAGUUCCCUUGCUGAAGUUUACUGUAAUGCUUUGAAAGAAUUCAAUCCUAUGGUCCAUGUUUCAGUUGAAAAAGGUGAUUUACAUCAGUUUGCUGGAGUUUUCCUUGACAAGUUUGAUGUUGUAGUUAUUAGCUGUUGCUCUCUUAAAGAUAAGAUCGCAAUUAACAACAAAUGUCGAGAAAGGCAAAAGCGGAUUUCAUUUUACACGGUUGAAUGCAGAGAUUCAUGUGGUGAAAUUUUUGUUGACCUGCAGAGCUACGCAUCUGCUAAGAAAAAAUCUGAUGGUACUGAAGAGUGCCAGUUGGAGUAUUCAAGUCUGGAGGAGGCAAUUUCAUCUUCUUGGCGGCAUCUUCCCAGCAAAACAACCAAAACAUACUUUGCUAUGAGAGUUCUGGAACACUUCGAAUCAUUGCAAAACCGUAAGCCUUGUCAGUUUUCUGUCUCUGAUCUUCCUCAUGUGUUGGAGAUAAGGAAGAAUCUAUGUGAAGCACAGGGAUUGAAUGAAUUUCACAUCCCAGACAUCUUACUGAAUCGUCUCGUUGCAGCUGGUGCCAGAGAGCAUCCUCCUGUAUGUGCUAUCCUUGGUGGAAUUCUUGGCCAGGAAGUCAUCAAGGCCAUCUCUGGCAAAGGUGAGCCUAUCAAGAACUUCUUUUACUUCAACGCUGCAGAUGGGAAAGGCAUUAUAGAAGAUAUACCUCCUGCAUCUGUUUACUGAGAUUGUAUUUGAAUUUUGGAUUGGCUGAGAUGUCAAAGAAGCCUAAUAUUGCUUUCUUAGUUAGUUUGGUAUUUGUAGUUUUACUAUGAGGUUUACUAAUGUACAAAUGCGACUUUAUAUAUGAUUCAGUUUCACGUAAUUAAUCCCUUCAAUUAUA